UUUGUGUUUUAAGAAAGAAUAUGUUGGCCGACAAAAUUUUCAUCCAUACAAAAAUCUUAUUACUGUAGAAUUUGUCGUUUUUAAAAAAACUUUAAACGUAAAAUGAUCUGAUUUAUUUUUCUAAAAAUUCCUGUAUUGAUCGCCUCAACCACAAGUCAUCAUAUGCAAAAACUUCGCCAAGUUCAAUUUAGGAUGAGGAGUCAGAGCCAGCAGUCUAAGGAUGAUGGAAGCAUUUCAAAACCGGCAACACUGGCAAUUAAUCUGAUAUCUCGCAGUCAAUCUCUCAACAGUUUAAAUGAUGAUACGAAUAAUCUGCAAAGGACCAAAGCUGGGGGCAGCGGCGAUAUCCGACCCAAUAUUCCAUCAAGAGUCAGCGAAGAUUCGGGCAUUGGGGCCCUCAAUUCGAAUAUCAAUCGGAAAAGAGCCCCAUCCUUGCAUCUGGAUAUGGGACCUGUUUCGAGAGCGAGCUCUUUCGCAGGCUCCAUCAAUACUUUGGCAACAACACCUACAAUGAGCAGGAAAGAUGCCUUUGUCUUUUUCCGAGAAGAGUCCUCUGAAAACGACUCUUUGGUUGUCAUGCUGAGUGCCGUAUAUGCGAAACUGUUGGUUGUAAUGGGAAUCAGCUUUCCUCUGGCAGAAGUAAUAUCUCACAAGAUUCCAGCAUCCUAUUAUGAGGGAUUCUACCUUUAUCUUUAUCUAGGCAGUAUCGUAUUUUUGAUAUAUGUCUACCUGUUUCUGCUACGGUCAGAAACUCCAAAAAGAAACAAGACUAAUUCAUUCUUCAAGCAAGUCCUUAAAAGAGUUGGUUCUGUUGCUAAUAGCAUCAGUGCGAUGGAGCAAGGAAGUACUGCAACAACAAGCAAAAGACGAUUUAAUGAUGCUGCUCAUUGCGGAAGCUUCUAUCUGAGACUUGGAGCUGUUGCUUUUGGAAUAGGCAGCAUGAUAUAUUCAGGAUUGGAAUUCGGACAGUUUUUCGAAUUAGAAGUGGAAUCCCAUUGCUACAAUAUUCUGUAUGCCUUGACGCCAAGCAGCCGGAUGGCCUUUACGUUCAUACAGCUGUACUUUAUCUUCCUGAAUUCACGAAUGGCGAUUAGCAAGUAUAGAACUUUAGCCAGGUUUGGUUUGAUGCAUAUGAUUGCAACCAAUAUGUGUGUUUGGUUACACGUACUUGUGCAAGAAACGAAACAUGAAAUAUUAACCCUCAUCACUCCUAAUUCUACAAACCUUAUACCUGCUUUUGUUUUAGAAGCUCAACAACAAGAAGGCAUGCACAGUUAUGAACAAGACUACAUCUCUCCACUUGCAGAAGACUUUUCAGAACAGCGCAACAUUAGUGAUCAUCAUAGAGUCACCCGUUCUAUAGAUAUGCAUGGAAUCUACAUUAGUCAUGGCUGCCGUCGACUAAAUAUAAUGGGCGAAUUAGUUCAAAAUGCAAGUCCAUUCCUUUUCCCAUGUACCAUCGAAUAUAGUUUAAUUUGCGCAGCUAUUUUGUAUGUUAUGUGGAAAAACAUUGGGCAAUUUAGGCAAGUCACUAGUGCAAUGGAUAGUGCUAGUUUAAAUCAUGCAUUGGUUCAUGGCAGUCGUCACAGGCACUAUUACCAGGUCGAUUGUGCCAAGGCUAACAAGGGUCUAUUCACUGGUAUCAUGGUACUUGUGCUAUCAAUUAUAUGUCUCAUUAUCUUUUUUGUACUAAUUAACAAGCCACAAUAUAAAUAUUUAGCAAUAUUAGAAGCUCAUAUUGCAGAACUUGUUCUGUAUUUGCUGACCACAUUGGCGGUCGUUAUAGCUCUUGUUCAAGUCAGAGAGCUCAAGUACAAUCCUCAUCAAAUCAUGGAGUUAGACAGUAUCUUACUCGUCGUAGCUCAGAGUGGAUUAUAUCUUUUCACAAUGUUUAGUGUCAUUGGUGGGCAUUUUACAAUUGAUCAAAAUACGAUAUUAGUCUUAUUAACGGCUUUAGUUUGCCUCAUUCAAGGUACUUUUCAAACAAUAUUUAUAUUGGAUGCAUCCAGAAGAUGUGCAGGCAAUAGUGACCAAGCACAUCGUAAGCCAGGUCGAGAAAUGGUCACUUUCCUCCUUGUUUGCAAUUUCGCCAUGUGGGCCAUAAAUACUCUGGAAACUCGACGAGCAGAUUCUAAUCCUGUGCAAAUGGAAUUUUAUGGCUUUUGGGCUUGGACAAUUAUUGCUCAUGUAACAACACCACUCACUAUAUUUUUUCGCUUUCAUUCAACAGUGUGCCUUUGUGACAUUUGGAAAAGAACUUACAAGGUCAAGUCAGAGUACAUAUAAUUUACUAACUCCAUAUGUUAAACAUUAUUUAUUCUCCUCCGAUUUUGUUUGCUUUUAUUUUUAAAUAUUUACACUAUAUAUAUACAUAUUUGUUGAUUGUAAAGAUUUAAAUAAAAAAUGUUGUUGAAAGAAAAUAUCUA